AUUUUCUUCUUCAAAAAACGUGAACGUGAUGAAACAACCGGACCGCAUGAGAAUGGAAUAGAAGGUUUUGAAGGUGGAAUUGAUCGCAGCUCGGGUUGAAUUUCCAUCGAAAUUCAUGCACACUUUUCCGAACUAUAGUGUUAUAACUGUUUACUGUAAAUUUCGAUAAUGUCGUGGUUGUUCGGUAUACGCAGAGAUACGCCCGGAAUUCCGGUCGAAGGUUUACCGCCACCGGAAUCUGAUAACACAGGCGGCGGAGCUGGAGCUGCCGGUGGUUCUGGAGAUGAUAAACGUAAAGCUAAGACAAUGGAACCUUAUUCUUUUGAUUCUUCGGCUUUGGAACGAGCUGCUCAAGCUGCCAGAGAAUUGGAACGAUCAAAACAUUCGAAAGAAGCUUUGGAGUUGUCAAAACUACAAGAAGUAACCAAACAGCAAGAAUAUCAAACUAAAAUCAAAGAAUACGAGGCUCAUAUCGAGCAAAGUCGAAUUGAACAAAAACGAGUCGAAGCUGAAGAGAGAAGAAAAACUGUCGCUGAAGAAACUAAACAACAUCAGGCUAGAGCUCAAUAUCAAGAUCAACUCGCACGUAAAAGAUAUGAAGAUCAACUUUUACAACAACAGCGAAUCAACGAUGAGAAUUUACGUCGUCAAGAAGAAUCUGUUGCUAAACAAGAAGCUCUCAGAAAAGCCACAAUCGAACACGAGAUGGAACUCAGGGGUAAAACUGAAAUGCAGAGAGCUCAGGCCAAAAUGGCAGCGAGGGCGAAAUUCGAACGUGAAAAUCACGAUCUCAUUAUGGAGCAAAUUCGAGUCAAAGCUGAAGAAAAUCGAAAGACUGUUCUGGAUUCCAUCACAACUGCGGGGUCUGUCUUAGGCGCUGGUGCUCAAACUCUGCUGCAUGAUUGGGAUAAAAUGCUGACAGCUGUUGGUGGAUUAUCAUUGCUAGCUCUGGGAGUGUAUACAGCUAAAGGAACUACUAGCGUUUCUGCUCGUUAUAUCGAAGCUAGAUUAGGAAAACCUUCUUUGGUCCGAGAGACGUCUAGGUUUUCGUUUCUAGAAACUUUGAAGCAUCCGAUUCUGACAGCGAAGAAGUUUAGACUGAAAUCUGGUGAUACUUUAUCCGGUGUUGUGUUAGCUCCUACCUUAGAAGAAAGAUUAAGAGAUGUCGCCAUCGCCACUAAAAACACGAAAAGAAAUAAAGGCAUGUACAGAAACAUUCUUAUGCACGGUCCUCCUGGUACGGGAAAAACCAUGUUCGCCAAAAAAUUAGCCGCACAUUCUGGUAUGGAUUACGCUGUAUUAACCGGUGGUGACGUAGCUCCUAUGGGUAAAGACGGUGUCACAGCUAUCCAUAAAGUAUUCGAUUGGGCAGCCAGUUCGCGCAAAGGUCUUUUACUGUUCAUCGACGAAGCCGACGCUUUCCUCAGGAAAAGAAGUUCCGAGUAUAUUAGUGAAAACUUGAGAGCCACUUUGAAUGCAUUUUUGUACAGAACAGGAGAACAGUCUGAUAAAUUUAUGUUAGUAUUAGCCAGUAACACUCCGGAACAGUUCGAUUGGGCUGUAAAUGAUCGUCUAGAUGAAAUGGUGGAGUUCAUGUUACCAGGAUUAGAAGAAAGAGAACGUCUGGUGCGAUUAUACUUCGAUAAAUUCAUAUUAGAACCGGCAACAUCUGGGAAAAGACGUUUAAAGGUAGCCCAGUUCGAUUACAGCGCGUUGUGCACUAAAAUGGCUCAACUAACCGAAGGUAUGUCUGGUCGUGAAAUCGCUAAAUUAGGAGUAGCCUGGCAAGCUGCCGCUUAUGCCUCAGAAGACGGCGUAUUGACUGAGAAAAUGGUCAUGGAUCGAUGCAUGGACGCUGUUAAGCAGCACAAGCAAAAGGUCGAAUGGCAAAGUGAACAAGAACGUAAAGAAUCUAAGUCAAUAAGUUUCGAUAACAAAUUAGAUGUUUUUAACUCGGAACCAGCUUCGGAGAAGAGCUAGAGCUUUGUUGCGAAGGUGAUUGUUUCUUUAAAGCCCCUAGUUUCCUAAAUAUCAAACACGGUUACGGCUGUCGGCUUUUACAAGGCAAACGUAGGAUUUCGCGUUAAAUUACGAUGAAUUCUAACCAUAUUGCCAAAUUCCAACGGAUAUUUCCAUUUUAACCAUUAAAAAAAAAACGGAACAGAGUCAAAACGUAGACUUGAACUCGUAGAAUCGAGCAGUUAAUAUGUUUUUAUCGUUGUUAUUGUUCCAUGAUUUUUUUUUUUUUUAGUUACUCAGUAGUGUUUUCCUGUGUUUUUAUUAAAUUACGAUGUGUUCAAAUGGUUUAAGAAAAGAAAGAGAUAAAAAAGUCGUACUUGAAAGGACGACGUUGUUUUAUGAAAUUUGAAAUUGAAAAUAUAAAUUAUAUAGCGUUGUUAUUUUAAUUAAAA